AGGAAACUGCAAUUACUAGUGUUUUCAUAGUGAUAAAAUAAUUAAAUUGAUCACACUUACACAUGCAUCCUAAUCGAAUUUGAGUAUGUAAGGUGGAAAGUAAAAUUGUUACACAAUUAGUAAGUGAUCCGAGAGAAGGUUGUCCCACUAUCCUUCAUGAAAGCCAAGCCCCCUUUAAAGCCUAUAUCGCGAUAUGCUAGAACUGCUGAAAAGUUCAGUGAUGGGCAUGCAGUUGGGGCCAUAAAUAUUCCUUACAUGCUUAGAAUUGGCUCAGGGAUGAUAAAGAACCCAAAUUUCUUGGAGGAUGUGUUAGAACAUUUUGGGAAGGAUGAUGAAAUUAUAGUUGGGUGCCAGUUGGGUAAGAGAUCAUUUAUGGCUGCAACUGAUCUUGUUGCUGCUGUAAGUCCCUUACAUACUACAGCUUUAGUAUAGAAAAUUCUUGAAACUGAAAUAUAUAAAUAAGCUUCACGGUGGUGAACAACCUCAUCAAGAGUACAUAUAACAUUCUCUAAUAUCUGUUUGCUUUUUAAAUAUUGUACUCAUCUUUAACUUAUUUGUUUUUACCUUCUAAAAAUUCGUUCAAUUCAUUACUACAAUUAUAAUGGAACAAACAAGUUAUCUUUAUCGAUAUUGUUACUUAUGAUGUAACUAAAGUGAAAGCUCUUCAAAUGAGUACCUGAAAAUCAAAUGGCAAAGUGAACAAAUAAAUAAAUUGAAUUAAUUAGCAGCAAAAAACUCCAAAAAACCUGAUUUAUUGGGACAAUCAAACUGUUCAACCUCCAUUUUUAUCCACUUUCACCCAAUUAGUAGUCGAAAGGGACAAAUAUUUGAAAAUCAGUCACUGAAAUAUAGUGUCAAAACAUAAAAACUGAUUUUCCUGUAUAGUAAAAAGGAGGAGCAAGGUAUCUCAAACUCCUAUCGCAUAAAUGAUCACACCUCAUGUUGAAUCCCAUAAACCUGUCAAGUUUUUCCAUCCUCUACCAAAAAUCUCAGUUAACAAUCUAUACCUUCUAGAAGUUGUAAGACUCUACUUAUGUCAGCAAAAUGGAAUUAACCAUCUAAUUUCUGUUGGAUUUUAAAGGUGUGAAUAAGAAAUGAAAGGUUGUGUCUUUUUCAAAAUGUUGUGAUCGUUUCAAAAGGUUGCGACUUUUUCAACAAAAAUUGUGACUUUUUUAAAGAGUUGCGAUUUUUCUGAAAGGUUUUGACUUUUGUGAAGGGUUGUAACUUUUUCAACAAAAGUUGUGACUUUUUUAAAGAGUUGCGAUUUUUCUGAAAGGUUGUGACUUUUGUGAAGUGUUGUGACUUUUCCGAUAAGCCACAAUAAGUACCUGUUCACACUACUCUUUGUUGUCUAUAAAUAAAAGAUUUUUCUCUCAUUUUUAAACAUCAAAUUUUUCUCUCUUAUGCAUACAUAUUUUCUUACAAACAAAGUUGAGUCUUUGUGUGAAUUUGUUGCUGGAUUUUGAGUUCGUUGAAAUUAUUGAAGUUUGAGGUACCGCUACUUCUUUAAUAGUUUAUCCGUUUUAUCUUGGGAGAAAAUAAUCCAUAAACUCGGGUAUAGUGAGGGGAUUAAAUUCCUUAAGGACACACGGUAAAUUCUGUGGAGUCGGAUACUAUUUUUAUUUUCAUCUUUAUUGUUUCUGAUUUGCUAACCUUAAUAUAGGAGGAGUAACAAGCUUAAGGAAUUUAAUAUUUUUUUUCGGUAUCCAAGAUUUUUGGAUAGGGACACGAAAGAUCUUAGAAGUCAUUGCCAUGAUAUUUAUAUGAUUCUUCUAUGUCUAAGUAAGUAUAUUAUGAAGGAAUCUUAGACUUGAUACUACAAAAUAGUAUUUUUUUUCUUUACCAUAAUCUUGGUCAAAUUAAAGAUGAUUAAGUUAAAUAAUGUGUUAUUGUCUUAAUAGUUUUCACAAACUAUUUUCAAAGGUUUAUUAUCUGUUGUGAUAAAAUUGAGAAAUACUUUAAUGUGUAUUACAUCCAAUAUUGAAGGCAUAUUUCAAGAAUCUUAAUCCAAAAACGUAGAUGGCAAGACAUUUUUUUUUCAGAAAAGAAGAAGAAAAGAAAUGUUUAAUAUUCGAUUUGAUGAAAUUUGCUCUCUCCAUGUAAUUAAUUAUAUGAACUGUACAUACGUAUAUUCAUAUCAAUGUCGAAUGAUAUAUCACUUAUUAUUAACUUCUUUU